AGUACCGGUGGUGUUGCAUCCAUCAUCGGAAGCUAGCCUCAGUCGAUAUAGUAAACACUGAUAUGACUAGCGUAAAUUUGGAGUUUCUUCAGGACCUCAUAAAGGAGGAGCAUCCUGAUGUUACUUUACAGGACUUUGAGGGCGCUCCGGGUUCCAAGCGCGGAGACAACUACACCUCAAUGGUAUACCGGAUAAGUUUAAAAGGCACCCGAAAGCGUCUCGACACAGAUGGCAACGAGGUGUACGAAUCUUGGCAAGGCUCCAUCAUAUACAAAUGUCUGCCAGAGAGCAUCAUAUGCCGUCAAACCUUCAAAAGCGAUGAGCUGUUUUGCAAUGAGGUUGCCUUUUAUAACAAAAUAUGGCCAGCAUUCUCCAAUUUUCAAAGCAAAUGGGAGAAAGUUUCGCAUCCAUUCAAAGCUAUCCCCACGUGUUACUUGGCGCGUAACGAUUUGGUUGUCUUGAAGGAUUUGAAGGAGCUCGGCUUCGUGAUGCUAGAUCGUAGACAAGGGUUGAGUAUCGAACAAUGCUAUUUUGUUUUGAAGCAUAUAGCACAAUUCCAUGCCAUUUCGUUGGCCAUGAAGUACUAUAAUCCGGAAGCGUUCUAUGAACUGCUGAAUGUUCACGAUGGUAUUUCUGAAGUAUUCUUCUUGACGGAAAACAUAGAAUACUACAGGACCUACUACACAGAAGCCAUACGCAAUGCCAUCACAAUGGUGGAAGAAGAACUCCAAGAUGUGCCCGAGAAGGACAAAUAUUUGGAGCCUUUCAAGCGGUUCUGCUCUGAGGACACCUUCUUCCACACCAUGGUGGACCGGGUGACUCCUCGAGAGCCGCUGGCUGUGAUAUGCCAUGGCGAUUGCUGGACAAAUAAUUUCUUAUUCAAAUACGUCAAUGGUGACAUUGCUGAGAUGUACAUCGUGGACUUCCAAUUAGUGCGCUACGCGUCCCCAGCAUCAGACCUGGCCUUCCUCAUCUACCUGUGCCUGGAUAAGGAGCAACGUACGGAACACCUGGACGGACUACUGAGCUACUAUACUGACGAACUGUACGCCAAACUCACGGAGAUGAGCGAUGGAAAUAUCAUGGAUAAAGAUACCCUGACUGAUAUGUUACAAGAAGAGUUUAAAAGGAGCAGUCACUUCGGUCUAGGGAGUGCGUUGGAUAUGUACCCAAUUCUGACUUGCGACGGAAACGAAGCACCUAAUCUUUAUCAGGAGAAGGAGAGCGAAGUGGUGGACCCGUCAGAAAUGAUGCCAGUUCUGUCAUCCAACGCGAAGUGUCGUAAGAAAAUGACAGACUUAGUCAUAGAGCUGGUGGACGGAGGGCUACUGUAACUUCGUCAAAUCAAAUAAAAAAUGGAUCGUCAUCAUCAUUAACAGCCGAUGGACAUCCACUGCAGGACAACGUAACAUGAUGGUUAUCAGCGACAAUGAUUAUUGGUACCAUCAUUUUGUGGUAGAGGAAACACCUCUAGCAGGUUCCAGGACUUGUGACUUUUGGUGUAAGGGAUCCCUUUAAAAAGCAUUAACACUCAUCUUCCCUGCCCGACAAGUUCUCCAUGCCCACACUAAACAAUUCAUGAUUAUUAUUAUCAUACACCAUACUUAGAACAUUAUUUUUAGCAAAAAAUAUUAUUUUACAAUAUCGCUCCCGUGAGCAGCGUGACGGCAUGCACGCUGCCUAACAAAGAACUGAACUCAAAUAAUCAUCUUUGCCAUUUUGUCCUUCAUCAUAAUGCGCAUCGCGCUUUAUUCGCCUGCGUGGAGACCCUUUUAGGAUCUUAUCAUGUUGGAAACUAUUUUAGUUAUUGUUUUUUUUGUUUCUUUCUGUUGUGCGAAAUUUCGUUUUUUCCUUGAUAGUAAUUGAUAAUGAGUCUACAGUGGACCGCGCUUGUCUAGAGCGGGCCAAAUCACGCUUGACAUGAAGAUGAUCAUUUAAGUACGCGAAGAUAUUAAGAUAGGCUUAGUUUAUUGUUAAAUUAAUGAUA